AAACUUUCAUCAAAUCAUCUGCAAAUGUUAUCUUUAUUUUUUGAAACAACAAUACAUGUGGUUUGACAGACCUCAAUAGAGUGGCAACUCAGGAAUUUUGCUGAGUCGAACAUUGUGAAAAAUAGUUGUUGGAAAUUGAAAGUGUAAAGGUUGGUGUUUCUGUACUGUGCAUAAACCGGCACUAUGAUGAUGACUGAUUUAAGAAGCUGUAGGUACGGCACUGAACAUAACAGUAUGAACGGAUUUGGGGCAGCACGUGUUGGAGAAAUAUCCGACUCAACAUCCCAAAUAAUGGACAUUUCACAGUCACAUGCGCAAUACUAUCAACAACAACAGACCCAACAGGGAUACAAUCGUACGCCAUACGAUCAGAAUGCUUAUGGACAAGCUUAUCGUCAUUUGACACAUGGUUUUUAUGGUUUCCCGGGAGCCGAUUUUGGUCGACCGGGAGAGUUCAAUGCGGGGAAAGACAAUGAAAAUAAUACACUUACAACUAACCACAAUCCAGUCCAAAACCAAAACCACGGAUUGUCACCGCGUAGCGACAUAGAAUGUAAACCGUCUCCAAGCGCAGAAAGUGACGGCGGUGUGUGCUCACCGGUGGGAAGUGAUCACGACAAAUUAUCUGUCGAUGAGAAUGCUAACCUUGAAGACGACGAACAUAUACCUCAUGUCUUGGCCCCUGGGUUCCACGGCCCCACCAGGCGAUGUCUCCUCUGGGCAUGCAAGGCUUGCAAAAGGAAGACAGUCGCCGUAGAUCGGCGGAAGGCCGCGACACAACGGGAACGACGUAGAUUACGAAAAGUUAACGAAGCGUUUGAAGUUUUAAAACGCCGAACAUGUCCCAACCCUAACCAAAGAUUACCAAAAGUAGAAAUUCUUCGAAAUGCUAUUGAAUACAUCGAGAAUUUAGAAGAUCUGUUACAUGGCAACCGUCCCCAUCCCCAAAAUGGUGAAGAAAAUUCAGUAGAAAACGGUUCCACCAGUAGUGGCGGAUCAGAUUACAUGGCUAUGAACAGUCCACAGUAUUACACAGAAAAACUUCACCAUUUUGGAGAUCCGAACAAUACAUUUAAUCACAAUAAUGGAUUUCAAACAAAUCAAGCUACAAAUAACAACCAAGCUGACAAUGGAUCAAGUUUGGACUGUUUGUCACUUAUAGUUGAAAGUAUUAGUCCAACCAGUACAAGUACAAUGCUAAGUUCUUUAACCACUGCUGAAAGACCCUUAUAGGGCAGAUAAACUGACAAUGUAUUCUCCUCCCAUCGUAGCCCUUCACUUCCAUUACGGGAGACCAGUCUUGUGUUCUGUGACGUCACGACGCUGCAGGGAGAAUGCGGAGAUGUCGUCUGCGUCUUAUUAUGUAGGACUAUUUUCAAGGGAUCAAAAUUCAAGACUCAUCAAAGCUGGUGUAUACAUGUGCGUGUAAAUACAGUGCCUGACAUAUCUAUGCAGAUAGUGUAAAUUUAAUAUAUGAGAAUAUCUAAUUGUAUGUAAAAGUAUGUUCACAAUAUUGCGUCAGUAACCUGAAAAAACUGUGAAGACCCUAUGUUAAACAUGAGCAUUUCGUGCAUUGUAAAUAACAUUAUUGUUUCACAUCGUUCAAUAUUCAUCCAGUGUGCCUGUAUAAUUUGUUGAUGUGAAUCAUUUGAAAAAUAGACUUGUGUAAUUAGAAAAGAGUAGGCUUUGUUAUUCGUUUUUUUGUGGAUAAACACUAGAUUGUUUACUUUCAAAAGAACAGAUUAAGGAUAAAUAUUUCUUUCUUGUCUCGCAAGAAAAUGGACCACACAAGAUUGAUGUUCAAAGUACAAAUUAACAUACCUUCUACAGUAGUUAAAAAUGCAUGAUUGAUAAUGAAGCCCAUUGAAUAUGAAUUAUGAACCUAAAAAUGUCGAAACUUAGUUCCAUCAUUAUUUCUGAACUAAGAGAAUAACGUUUUUGUAAAAAAUUGAAAAAUAGCUUCGAAUGGUAAUUUGGGGAAACCUUUGUUUAUUCAAGCAUUUUUCAGGAGUUAAAUAUCUUCUUUAAUGUCAUAAUAUAUCUUGGAUGGGGUGAUGUAUAUCUUUACAUCUUCCGAAAGGUUCACUUAUCUUUCCCCCACUUCCUGACUCUAGGUGAAAAGUUAAUCCUAGAAACUGCAUCAAACGUUCUUUUAACUUCAGCUUCUCUUUAUUCCAGUCGUUAUUUUGUAACUUGAACAAUAAUUUGUCUUUAUGAUGGCUCAUAGGUAUUUUGAGUUGUUUUCUUAUGAUUCCGUUGCCAUGAUAACCGUCAUUAAUUUUCCAGGAAUGUAUUCUAAAAUAAGUCGGAAUUAUAUCGGUAAUACGUUCAUAAUUUUUAGAUGUCAUACUCUAUUCGUUUUUAUGACCAAUAGUAGUUUUACUUGUGGAUAAACAUGCAAAGGAAACACGUGUAGAAGAAGUUAAUGCUCCUAAAAGUUAAAUUAUGAAGGUAUAAAGCGUCGGAACCGUCAUAAAGCACAUUAGAGAGACAGAUUGAUGACUUAAGCCUUGUAAUAGAUACCCUCCAUCCAUUGAAACCAAAGUCUGGGACGAGCCUUACCCGAGCUAAUGAAGUCAGGGGUCAAUUGUGAAACCCCAGAAAGGAAACAAUAUAUCAAAAAGGUAGCUUGUCAUCGGGUCAUAUAUCAAGCUAGGUUAGCUAGAAACCGACUGGGUUCUCUGCGUGAUUGUCUUGUUUUGGACUCAAUCGUCGGGGAGGUUUCAACUCACACUGGGGCAGCCACGACUGUUUUUCUUUUAUCCCCAUGGGAUAGUUGAUCACAUCGAGGGUACCCAUAACCCGCCAUGUAUCCCCUUACACAGACCCCCUCAAAUACAAUUAACACUAACGGUAAAGUAACAUCAUCGUUCCACUAAAAAUCACAAACAGAUAGUUGUAUUUUUUAUCGUGGAAGGAAUGCUGGGCAAAUUAGUGUUUUCUAAUAAGAAGAGGUUUUAUCUUAUUGGAUGAUCACUGAAACAACAUCCUAUAAUGACUUGUCAUGUUCUAUAUUUGAGCAAUUGCUUUCUUAGUUACUCAUCAUUAUUCGGGAAAAUUCUUUAGACUCUAUUCUCAACGUGCUACUUCAUACUCCAUGCAUCUGCGAGUAUGUGCCCCUCCGUCUUACAUAUGUGAAGCACGAGAGUUGGUAAUCCAAUUUUAGCUACUACUUACAUGUCAUUGAAUUCUAUCAGUUUGGUAUCAUAAAUUGAUUGUAUUUGUAUUUAGUGUAUCGUUUUUGUAAUUAAAUUUAGAUAGCGCCGACGCUCAAAGUCGGACUCAGAUCUAUAUGGCAAUUGGAUUUUCAAUAUAAAUUGUUUGUUAUGCAGAUAAAUGUAUGUCAUGAAACUGUAAAUAACUGAAAAACAUUUUAUGACAAAAAGUAAAACUAGUAUCGAACACUGUUGACAUGUUACAAUAUAAGUUGUGUAUAUAUU